UGAAACUGGCGGGGCUGCUGAGCCAGGCCGGUAUCCCUGCUGCCCUCCCCAGCCGAGCCGCCCUGCGGUGCCCGGGGAGGAGUGCGAGAUAGGCACUGCACUGGCCACGGCUCCGCUCCUGCCUUCCGGGCUCAGCGCUCGCCUUGCGUAACAGCUCGACUCGACGGGGUAUAAAAGGCAGCAGCUAGCAGGUAAAUAUUUGACCGUCUUGCAACAUGGCAACUGGAAAGGACUUGACACUGCUCUCCUUGAUUCUCAGCGUUGGGAGCACAGCGCUGCUAGCUACUGGGCAGAAAUCAGAGCAACCAGAAGCGGAGACCAAAUACGGGAGAGUCCGAGGGUACCAGUUCCGAGUAGAUGCAGCUGAGAAGAGUGUCAAUGUCUUCUUGGGACUUCCUUUUGCUAAGCCUCCACUUGGACCACUGAGGUUUUCUGAACCUCAGCCACCCGAGCCGUGGAAAGGAGUCAGAGAUGCCACUUCCUACCCACCAAUGUGCCUGCAGGAUAAAGUCAGAGGACAAUUUUUUUCGGAUCUUAUUACUAACAGAAAAGAAAAAGUUGUUCUCCAAGUGUCUGAGGAUUGCUUAUACCUCAAUGUGUAUGCACCUGUUUCUACAGAGGCACCAGAGAAGUUGCCUGUCCUCGUAUGGAUCCAUGGAGGUGCGUUAGUUUUCGGAGCCGCUUCAUCCUACGAUGGUUCAGCACUAGCAGCCUUUGACAACGUGGUGGUUGUAACAAUUCAGUACAGGCUGGGUAUUACUGGCUAUUUUAGCACUGGUGAUCAACAUGCCCGUGGCAACUGGGGGUAUUUAGAUCAAGUAGCAGCUCUGCGAUGGAUUCAGGAGAACAUCAUCCAUUUUGGAGGAGACCCAGGAUCUGUCACUAUUUUUGGAGAAUCUGCAGGAGGAGUCAGUGUUUCUGCUCUUAUCUUAUCCCCCCUGGCGAAGGGCUUGUUCCACAAGGCCAUUUCAGAGAGUGGCACUGCUGUCAGGAUGCUGUUCACUGGCCAGCCCCAGGAGGAAGCACGAGAAAUUGCUGCUGCCUUUGGCUGUGACAAAUCCAGUUCAGCUGCAAUGGUGGAGUGCUUGAGAGGAAAAACAGGAGAAGAGCUAAUAGAGACAACAGUAAAAUUGCAUUCUGUGUUUGCCAAUAGCUGUCCAGAUGGUGUGUUUUUCCCAAAGAGCCCCAUGGAAUUACUAUCUGAAAAAAUGAUCAAUCCAGUCCCAUACAUAAUAGGAGUAAAUAACUGUGAGUUUGCAUGGGGACUUCCUAAGCUGCUGAUGAACCUCCCUGAUUUCACUGAUGGUCUGGACAAAGAUGUUGCAUAUCAGCUUUUGAAGAACAUCUUGGUAUUCACCUUUAAGGCUGGCAGUUCUGAAAUUGCUGACCAAGUAUACAAGGAGUACAUUGGGAAGACGGAAAACCGCGCUGAGGUGCGAGAUGGCCUCCUCGAUGCCAUAGGAGACUUCAUGUUUGUUGCUCCAUCCAUUGAAGUGGCCAGAUACCAUAGAGAUGCUGGCAACCAGGUCUACUUCUAUGAAUUUCAGCAUCGGCCCAGCUCAAUGGCAGGAGUGGUGCCAGAGUUCGUGAAAGCAGAUCACGCAGCGGAGAUUGCCUUUGUCUUUGGAAAGCCCUUCUUAGCCGGGCAGGCUACAGAAGAGGAAAGCAAACUUAGCAGAACUGUUAUGAGAUACUGGACUAACUUCGCUAAAAAUGGAAAUCCCAACGGAGAAGACCUGGUCCAUUGGCCUCAGUAUGAUCAGGAUGAAAACUACCUGGAAAUAGACCUCGUGCAAAAAGCAUCCAAGAAACUGAAAGAAGGCAAAAUGGAGUUUUGGAUACAGCUCAUGAAGCAGAGGGUGGAUGAAAGGAGAGAACACACAGAUUUGCUGAAAAAAGACCCUGUGGAGUGGUUAUCAGUAAUGUCAGUGGAUAUCACAGCUGCAGAACCCUUCUGUGAGAAGUGAGAAUGAGGGGGAGAUUGGGAAAUAGAUUGACAGCUCUAAGAAAUUGUCUGUGCAGAAUGUAUCACAAGUGUCAGACUACUCUCUAUGCUUAUUGCCCUCUUCUUUCAGAAGGGAAUGGUCAGUUGUUCUCACAGCCUCUCUCCACCUUCCUUCAUUGGAAGUAACUUGUGGGGAGCAGAGCAUCCAUCAGAAAAACAUCUGUGAGAUGGGCUUGACAUUUCACAAAUGAGGACAGAAAACCUCUGCUUGCUUCUUGGUUUGUGAACUGUUCUAAAUAAAUACUACUUUUGAUUUUUCUGGAA